AUGGCGAACAAAAUAGAGUCGAAGAUGCGUGUUGAGAGGGCCGAUGGCAAGGGCAUCGAAGACGCAGACGCAGACGCAAACGCAGGCAGGUGUGAAAAGGGGGUCGGUGGUGGUGGUUGGAUGGAGCAGGGACGCCAAAAGAGGGAAGGCCUGGCCAAAAAGAGGAAAGGGCUGGGAUACGAUUGGCGGCAGGAGCGUAAGGCGGGCGGCGCUGUAGUUCAAGAGGAAGGCACUAACUGGAACAUCGAACCAUGCACCACACCUCACUUUGGUGGCGCCCGCCCCGGGGCAGGUGUGCGAUGA